AUGAAAGAAACUUGGGAUUAUGUGGAUUUCCAUUACCAAAUGAUUGUGCCAAUGAUCACACCGCCGUUGAUCUUGCCGGAAGGAUAUCGCUCUGCAGAUGUUAUUUUUGAGUGGAACAUUGUACUCAUGGGCUACGCAAGUGGAUUGCCUGAACUUGCAUUGUUUUCCAUCCCUUCUGAUAUAAGAAGCACAGAUGAGUUCGUUUUGGAUUUACAUGACAACUCUCUCCAAGGUCCAUCUCUUCCUCUUGCUAAUUUAUCAUCUCUUAAGGUUUUGAAUUUACGUCACAACUCUCUCCAUGGUACACUUCAGGGACUGCCACCUUCCAUAUUUUAUUUCAAUAUUAUAGACAACAAUUUUUUUGGAGAGAUUCCUUCUUCGAUAUGCGGGUUAAAUUCUCUGGAGUAUCUUUAUUUGUCUAAAAACAAUAUGAGUGGAACUAUUCCAAAAUGUUUUGAAAACUUUAGCAAUCUCUCUGUUUUGGAUCUGGGAAACAAUAAUUUACAUGGUAGCAUAUCGGUAACAUUUGUGGAGGGUAAUAGCUUGAGUCGACUUGACUUGAGUGGCAAUCAUUUGGAAGGACCAUUACCAAGGUCUUUGAUUAAUUGUAGCAAGUUAGCAGUUUUGAACUUAGGGAACAACAUGAUAAAUGGAUCUUUUCCCUGCUGGUUGGAAAAUCUUGCAAAGCUACAAGUUCUUGUUCUACGAGGCAACAGAUUCUCGGGUCCCAUACCUACCUCAAAAGCUAAAUUUCCCUUCCCUGGCUUGUUAGUAAUUGACCUCUCCUACAAUGACUUCACAGGUCCUUUGCCAGCCAGAUACUUUCAGCAAUUCCAAGCCAUGAUGAAAGAGGAAAGUGUGGAAUAUUAUGAGGUUUACGUGACAAUCACAAUCAAAGGGGUUGAUUUUGAGGUGAUCAGAGUCCUUUACAUAUUUGCAAUGAUUGAUUUGUCAAAUAAUCAAUUCAACGGAGAAAUUUCUGAAAAUAUUGGAGGGCUUCAACAUCUAAAAGGGCUGAAUUUUUCUCAUAAUAUAACAGGAUGUAUACCUCAAACAAUGGGAAAUUUGUCAAAUCUUGAAUGGUUAGACCUCUCCUCAAAUAAGCUUGUUGGGGGCAUUCCUGAGCAAUUGGUAGAUUUGACAUUUCUUGAAGUUAUAAAUCUUUCAUUCAAUGAUCUCACAGGACCUAUUCCUAAAGGCAAACAAUUCAACACAUUUGGAAUCGAGUCUUAUGAAGGGAACUUGGGGUUAUGUGGAUUUCCAUUGCCAAAAGGUUGUGCCAAUGAUAUUGCUCCACCGUUGCAGUUGCCGGAAGCGGAUCACUCUGCACAUGUUAUUUUUGAGUGGAACAUUGUACUUAUGGGCUACGCAAGUGGAUUGGUAGCCGGAGUGGCUAUGGGGUAUAUUGCAUUUCAAACUGGAAAGCCCCAAUGGUUUGUUACAAUGGUGGAAGCAAAACAACGGAAAAUGGGGAAAAGAUCAAUGAAGAUUCGUCCGGGAAAAGAUCAAUGA